AAGCACAAAAAUCAAAAGGCUAUGGAAAUUAUAACAACUGAACUAUUCACUUUAUACAAUUAGAACCUCAAUAAACCCUCCAAAAGCUUCUAAAUAUAUUAACUCUGAUGCUCUCUACCUCAUUACUAUUAUGUCUAAAUCACCUCACACUACAUUGACCUAACACAAUGAUUCUAGAACAGAAGAAAGCUCCAAAGAAUACGACCCCCAUUCUAGAUAACCCAUUUGAGGAAGAGAAGGACUCAGCUCCAUACCAUCCGAAUAGCGGACUCCAGUUCUCACUGUUUAGACGCUUAAGAGAUCCUCUAAGAGAAAGAAUCCAUCAUGAAUAAAGCAUGGAAACUCUUCACAAAUAAUUUGUUAUUAGAU